GCGAUGCGACUGACCCCUCAGGUGAUGGGGAGUACAGACUUCAUUCGUUCGUCCACUUCUUUCUUUCUUGGUCUACUGUUUGACCUGCCUCUUGACAAGCAUCUCUGGCAGCAGUAUGAGUGACAGCGGCAUUCGCGGGAUGUCCAUGACCUCAAUCAACUGAAGCUUCUUCUUGCCCUUCUUGCCCUUCUUGCCACCCUUACCACCUGACACACAGGCACCACACACACACACUACAGGGCUGCGCGCACUGUGCUGCCAAUCAGGUCUCCCACCUUUGAUUUUCUUCUGGGACGCGUCUCUGCCGACCUCCCAAACCUUGCGAUCGUCACUUAUUGAUGCCUGCUUUAGCCUGAGACAUAGAGGGCUGAUGGAUGGCUGGAUGGGCCCUGUCUUUCCCUAUACUUGUAAUCUUCACUGUCGAAGUCGAUGGGUGGCAGCAGUGGGGCCUCUUCAGGUCCCUCCUCCUCGCCCUCCUCCCUCUCCUCCAACUCAUCCUCGUCGCCCUCGCGCUCCUCGUCGUCACCUGCACCAAAGGGCGACCAACAACACACACACACAGGCACACCUACGUGUCAUGUCAUGUGUCUGUCUGUGGUUGUGUGAAUGUGUGUGGUCUGCUUGCCCCUUUGGCGCAUGGUGGAUAUCGACUCGAGCCUCGACUCGGCCAGCGCCCCACCGCCCUGCAGCCAUAUGCGACGCGCGACAUUCACACGGACGACACCGCGAGACAAAACACGAGACAGCGACAAAGGCAAUGGUGGUGCGUGGCUGCUGUACGUAUCCGUGGCUCACGGGUGUGGUGGGUGACUUGUCGAAGUCCGAGAGGGCGUCCUCAUCGUCGGCCCCCGAUGUGUCUAUCGUCAGGUUUGCCAUCUGUCUGUGGAUGCACAGCACGGCUCGGCUCAACCAACACCUUACCUGAAUCAACAGAGAGAGAGAGCAGUGCAAAUCAAAGCGGCAUAACUAACGGGAAGCCACCUGCCUGACCCACCUCCACGCACAAAGGUCGCCUCAACUCACCGUGGGGGAAAGGGAAUCUGCGGCCAAAUUCUGCCGAUUUGGGAUUCCUGCUUAUCUGCCACACCAGGCCCCUCCUCACAAUCGUCCGGAAUCAGGAGAAAUAAGGAAUGCAGCUAGGCUGACCGAUCCUCUUAGAGUAGGGUUUCUUGGGUUCAGGGUUUCUUGGAUUCUAAGCUCGCAUUUCCACGUGUGAACCAAGUGAGUCAU